AUGAUAAUGGUGGAGGAUACGCUAUGGCUUGCUGCUGCAUGCAAAGUGACUGUUAUUAGUAUGAAGUCGCUGGCAACGAUUCGCAGGAUUUACGUUGCAUCAUCGGGAUCUGUUUGUAGUUCGCCAAUGUUUGAAAAAAUACGGUGCAUGUGCGUAUCGCCAUACGGCGUCUGGAUUGCCACAGCACAUUCAAGGAUGCUGCAGCUGUGGAAGGAUGAGGAAUGUAUCUUUGUUCUUGAUGUGGAUGCUGCUUUUUCACAAAGAAGACCAAGCGAUGAGCGUACAAUGGAGAUAACAUCGGUGAUGUACUUACGGCAGCAGGUGUGGGUCGGCACAGUUGAUGGCUAUCUCUUCAUUUACCGCAUUGUCCCCAAUCAGAGGCAUUCGGCCGUAAAGCGUAGAAGUGCCUUAGCACGCAAGUGGAGUAAUCAUCGGAGAUCGCAGAGUAUGGAAUCGCUACUUAGUGCAGUGCAGACGGCAGUGUUUUUGCCAAGCAAAAGUGAAGUGCGUCAGGAUGAAUCGGCUAGCAAAAAUGAGCAUCGAUUUGUUUCCAAUUUUCCACGGAAAGCAUCGCUUAUGAUUGAUCGCAACUCCCGGAAAUAUAGUGUUUUCCGUAAAAUAUCUGGUGAACGGGCAGUUGGAGCACUCACGGGAGCGUCAAAUUGCGAGCCUAAAAGAACAGGCACUUCGAACCAGCUGUCGUCUAACGUAGAAAGCAGCAGGCGACGUGAUCUAAGCUUUAAUUCUCUGCAUUCAUCAGAAGGAGUGGCUGACGAUGAGCCGCUGUCACAAGCCCUACUGCAAGCUCCAUUUCUGAAAAAAGGCAGCAAAAAUUUGAAGCCGUUAUGGACACUCUUUUCGACCAGUCCUAUUACGAAUUCGGAUGAGCACGCCGGAUCGCCGUCAGCUACGCUGUCGAAUAACUCACUGGAAUACGACGACUUGUUUGAGCUUUACUCGGAAACAGACUGCGGAGACCAUAAAAAUGAGCGAUCAGAUUCGGUGUGGACUUCACCAAAAAUCCCAAAAAUGUCGUCAUCAUCUGGAACCAACGAAUGCUUUUCGGAUGAUACAUUCAAGCUGCGGAGGAAGGAUCUUGAGUUCGAUGAAUUCAUGCAACGCGAUGGAUCUUUAUGCUCAGAAAGUGAUAAUCAGCAAGCAAGGGUGCCUCAAAAUGAAGCGCUAAACGAAUCCAGAACAAAAAUAGAUUUGGUGUUGGAUAUGAAACUGAAAAUUUCGGACAAACAAGUCAAAUGUGGAGCCAGUGCAAAGUAA